UAAAAAUACUUGAAUAAGUUGUAGUAAGGAAAUAUUACAUGAAGUACGGAUGCAAUUUGACUAGUCCAUUAUCCUCCAUUCGACAUGGCCGUCUUCAUGAUAAACAUCUGUAAAUUUAAUGGCUGUGGGAUAACAUUUCCACGGCUAGCGGACCUAAUCGAGCACAUUGAAGACGUACAUAUAGAUUAUGAUCCCGCUGUGGUAGAGCAGAAGGAAGCUUCGCAGCCAGCAUGUAUCCCACUUAGCUAUGUUUUGAAAUUUUUUACGGAAGCGUCGAAGCGGGAAAUUCAUAAUAUGCCCGCAGCCGCCGAUGUUCGUCGCCGCAUGCUCUCCGCGCCGAAGACACCUUCGGUUCGGAGCAGCACUCCUACAGGAAGUGAAAUGGACGAGGAGGAAGUUAUGACCCCGUCUGAUGACAGCAACGACUCUUGGGCAACCGUCGAGGAGUAUAGCUCUGAAUACAUAUUGCGUUACGGAGUUAAAAUGAAUGCGAAUGCAUCGUCGGGCGCUUUAGGAUCUGCGGCGCAGGAGAAACCGUUCGCUUGUCCGGUGCCCGGUUGCAAGAAACGCUACAAGAAUGUCAACGGCAUCAAGUACCAUUCCAAGAACGGGCAUAAAAAGGAUGGGAAGGUAAAAAAGGCUUACAAAUGCCAAUGCGGCAAAAGCUACAAAACGGCGCAAGGGCUUAAAAGCCACAACAUAUCGCAGCACUCUGCUAAUACUAGUCACCAAGUACAACAGACAAGCGAGGGUCGCAUUCAUGCCCCGAAAAUACAGAACCUAGUAGUCACAGCCUCGCCGCCAUCUCGACACCUCCCGACCCACGUAGCCCCUUCUCUCGAGAGCCUAGAGGCCAGCAAAUUGGUCCGUAUCUACGACACAAUCAAAAACAAAGACCUACCUUCUUUCACCAUUCCCAAACAUAACCUCGCUCAUUUAAACAUCAUAAGCGCUAACCAAACCAGCCAAUCCUUACGUCAUUCUGUCCUACUAACGCCUAGUUCCACAACCGCGACCAAUCCUCUUGAUAAAAUCAAGUACGACAGACCUCCAAAAGUCACCGUCACUCAAGACACGGCAUACGAAGCUCCCAGCUUAACAAUGUCAAGUGAUCGUAGAGGCUAAAAGUCAUUACAUAAUUGUUAUGUAUUUGCAUAUUAUAAAUAUGACCACGCAGUUCCUAUGUAAAAAUUAAAAAAAAAUCCUCAUUUUAUAUUUAUCUCAUGAUCGAUUGUUGUUUAAGUGUCGCUUAUGUGUAGAAUCUUACCUGUCUGCUGAAAUAUUUUUCCUAUCAUCGGCACAUAAUGUAAUAUACUGUAGGUGUCAUUUAAUUUACUUUAGUUUUUUUCUUUUUCAGAAGAAAGUUUAUUUUUGUUUUAUUUGUUUACUUUAGUUUGCUGUGAUUCCAAUUUUAUUUAUUGCAUUAAUUGUUACCAAAGUGAUCUAAAAUCGCUAGUUUAGAGUAAAUCCAAAGGAUUAACGUAGAAGAUUUGUUGAUAUUUUAUGCUAUCGGCACAAUUUGUUAAAAAUUCAAAGGAUAUUUCAUAUCUGUUACAACAGGGUAAUAAGUGGAAAUUAGUGAAGUCCUUUGAAUCUGAAUUUUUUCUUAUGAUUAUAGAAAAUGCUAACACUUGUCAUUUUUAGAAUUCUUGUGCCAUCGUUUCGUUAUAAUAUGUGUGUACUUAAAGUGUAUUAUUGUGUUGUGUUUAUAACAACGUAGAUUUUCGUAUUUAAGUGAAAAGAGAAAAAAAUACAAUAGCAAUCGCUGUUAAUUAAACCCUGUAGAAAUAUAAAUAUACUCGUAAAUGUGAUAAUAUAUUUUAGAAAAAGUAAAAAAAAAAUGCUUUCAAGCGUAUAUCUAUUUAAUGAUAACUAGAUAGUAAGGCUGACAUUAAUUAUAAUUUUCGACUGGAUGUUAGAAAAUUGUUCGUAAAUAAAAACCAAAUAUUUAUAAAAAAAUAUUUGUAUAGGUAUUUAAAAAGAAAUAUACAUAUUAUAAAACAAGAUAAAAAUUCUUUUAUGUAAAGUAUAAUAAAAUAGAUUUACUUUAGAAAUUAUUCAAAAGACUUUUUAAUUCUGUAAGCUUUAAAAGAAAAGCAGAAUAACUAGUUAAUUUAUGUGCAAUUUUCUCACAAACAGCUUAUUAUGGAUAGGGUUAGUGUUUUUUCCGAACAAUCUUUAUAAAUGUGGUCAUGUUAAAUUAGAUAGGUACUCAAUUGUACCUAUUUAAUGUGCGUUGUCGUUUAUCUAAUGUCGUCUAUUUAAUGUCGUUUAGACUUGUACUUAUUUAAUGUGCGAAACGAAUAUUGUAUUAUAUUGUGUAAUAUUUGUUUCGGUAUAAAUAUUUGUCAGUGAAAAGAAAUAAAUUUUCAAAAUAGCUUGCUGUUCUGGAAUUGUGCGCAAUAUUAUAAUAAUUAUUAUUUGUUAUUAUUUAUUUUGUGUGAAAAUUUUAAAAUAUGUUUUAUACCUAAGUAAUACAAAUCGCGAAUGUUUUGUCGGACACGUGAACUGAGUGUAAAUGCGUCAUUUGCCUAACUAUGUCUACGAGUACAUUAUUUAAAAUAACUGCUUCAUGAAAAUUUUCUAAUAUUAGGUGCUCAAAAUUAGGAUAUUUUAAAUAUGAAAUAUAUGUAUAUAUGGUAUAUGUUUGAUAAAAAUAUAUAAUAUUUUAUAUUAUUGAGAAUGGCGUUGGUAUAUACAUAUACUCCUAUCUCCAGUAAAGUAUUGUAUUAUUUUAUACCUAAGUGAUUCAUUUUUAGUUGUAUGGAGUAGUUAUUUUGAGAAAUAAUACUAAAAAAUUGACUGUAUAGUAUUGCGUGAUUCAUUUUCAUGUUUCAUAAUGAAAAAAAAACGUGACAUGAUUGCAAAUGAAGUCGGUUAAAAAUGUUAGGUGCUAUAAAAACAAGGGAAUUGGAGGAUACUUAGAAAGUAUUAAGUAUUGAAGUUUGUACUUAUUGGAUAAAGUAAAUAUAUUGGACCUAACAUCCAUAUUAGGAGUAUACGGUGCUUAACGGGUAAAAUGUGUGAUAUUCGAAGUAGAGGAUAGAACAGUUAACUUGGGAAUGCCAAAGAAAAUACAUCUCACUUUUUAACAUACGCCUACUAGGUAUCUUUUUUACGCAAAUGUAGUGUAGUGUUGAGUGGUGUUUAAAAAAGUAAACAAAAACGAAUGUAUCUAAUUUUUUUGCAUAUACUGCAUUUUAAAUGCGAAAGUAAACUACCCAUAAUCUUAAAUAUUUUUUGUGUUUAAAAUUAACAUGGUGUUGCCGCGGUGAAUUUAUGUUGGACAAUGUUUAAACAUACCGAUUUUAGAUAUUACAAAGCCAUUAGCAUUGCAUCAAAGGUCAAGAAACAUGACUUUUGAUGUGUUAGAGUGUACCUACCUAUGUUUUGGUACCUACUACGCGUAUAUAUUUCGAAAUACAUUAACGGCCGUUUUUCAUAACCUACCCAAGAUUACGGAUAGAUAGCUAUCAUCGAUUAACAAUAACAGUCAAACUCAUUGAAUUACUAGGUAUGUACAUAGUAAUUCAAACUAUCUUUACAUAUUCAAACUAUCUGUCAGUAGGUUAUUGAAAAGCAGUUAAGAACAGAAGGAUAGAUUUUCUUAACUUUAGUAAGCGAAAUGGCGGAUAGAUAGGUUAUUGAAAACGGCCAUAAGACUAUAAUAUAUGUUAUAUUUAUAUUCUUGUAAAUUAUUAUAUUUGUUAUUAUUAUUGUAUUCUCGUCUUUCAUUAGUCAAUGGUUAAUUUAUAGAAAAGUAUAGAAAAACAUUUAUUUUUAUUGACAUAGUAGGUGAGUACGAGUGAGUUAGACAUGUAGGUAGGUUUUGAUUUAGCAUCAAUUCAUAGGUAGUCAUAAAGUUUGCAUCCGACUACCUACUUAUAUCACAAUUUUGUUUUUUAUGUAAUUUUAUUUUAACUUUGUUUUUUUAACGAAUUAUUUCAGAAAUGGUAUAAUGGCUUGUAAUGAUAUUUUAUCACAAAGAUUAAAAAAAUAUAUACCUACCUAUAUUGAUAAGUUCUAUAGAAAGUCCGUCCUUGGAAUUUUAAAUUGAUUUGUUAAAUAUAUUUUCUUUAUUAUGUUAAAUUUCCGACGGCCCCCUUUUCUUUGAUGAUUGAAUUUAUGAAGAUGUCAUUGUCUGUCAACCAAUCGCGACAAAAUUGACACAGUUACGCGUCUGUUAAAUUUGUAUGGACUUGUCACAUUACACAGUUCCAUACAAAAUGCUACAUUUAUACUUACAUACUAAAAUGUUAUUUUUCUGCUUUCCAAAUUAAAAAUAUAAAAGACAAGUAGGUUAACAACAAGCUCUGGUUACAGAAUACCCUACUAAAAUGGUAAAGUAGAUUUUUUCAAUUUUAGUAACUUAAAAAUUUAGUUACUUAAUUCGUAUUAUUAAUCUAUAAUAUAUUUUGCGAACUCGAUUUCAAUAUCGUUUGAUUUUUAUUCAAAAGGAUCCUAAUAAGCUAAGAUUAGGUAUCAUAAAUAUAUACCUACCUACCUACUCGAGAAGGCGAUUUAUUGUUUUAAACAAAUGCGAAAAACAUACAAACGUGUAAUUUUUCAAGUAAACUACAUUGGUUGUUCAUCCUUGCCUUUGAAGGUGAUAAACAUUAUGCCAAUAACCUGAUUGGAUUUGAUUCAAGAUGUAAGGUGUUAUGUCUUACCUAAUUACUAAUUAAAUUAUAAAUUAAGGUAUAACCUACUAGCGAAUUGCGAGCCUUUCAGUCACUUAAAUAAUUUAUAUGAAAAUCGAAGAUUUAAUUUAAGUAAUUUAUAUAUGUUACCGUUAAAUAUAUGUUACCGUUAAAUAUAUGUUACCGUUAAAUUGUAAAAUACGUAAGUUUAUAAUCUCACUCGUGAUAUUAUAAUCCACCGUCAUAUUGUGAACUGAAAAUACUGAUUAUAAUUUAACGUUUUAUUUUUCGGUACCUAUAUUGUAAUCUAUCGGAAGUGAAACCGUUAAAUUGCAAUCUUAAAACGUCAACUGUCCGAAUUUGCUCCUGCCUGAUUGGUCGGCCUUACAGCAGACUGUUCUGUGUCCAUAGAGUUAGGAAUGAAACACAUAUAUUAACAGUAAAAUAAAAUACUUCAAGAAUUGUGACAUCACAUAUUUAUUUAUUAUACCUACCUAAAGACUGACCUUGUUCUAACCUAAGCUAACUUGAGAUUUGACUAAAUUAUAUUUAUAAUUAAAAAUAACAACAUUGUACUAAUGGAAAAGCAGUGUUUAAAAUUUUGUUUAUAAAAAUUAGGAAACGCACUGGCCACCACUCCGAUUUUCUUUUUUCUUUGAUUUGUCCAUUGUAAUUUUUUACUAUUUUUAGUAUGCCCACUGUAAUAUUUUUGAAACUCUAUGGUAAAUUUAGCCUGAUUGACAAUUUAGCGGUUUCACUUCCGAUAGAUUAGAAUAUACCGAAAAAUAGCACGUUAAAUUGUCAUACGUAUCUUCAGUUCACGAUUGUAAUACGGCAGAUUGUAAUAUCACGAGUGAGAUUAUAAACUAACGUAUUUUACAAUCUAACGGUGACAUAUGUGUAUACGAGUAGGAACUUACUUAUUUAAAAUGUAAAAGUUAACAUUAAACUUCAUGUACACUAAAAAUUGAUAGUUAUACUACAUCCGCAAGUUAACAAUAGAUUAUAUAAUUUUAAAUACAUAUAUAUUUGAAUCGUCAGAGGAACUUUAAUAUUGUAUUUUUUUUUAUAAAUAAGUAAUUAAAAUUUUGUUCGUAAAAUAUGCUUUACGUUUUUUAAGACUGAUUGUUGAAAUUUUAUUUUUUAACAUAGUCAUGUAACUUUAUAUUUAAUUUGGAAAAUUAGUGUUGUGCCUUUUGAUCUUUAAUGGAUAGUCAGUAGCAUGGUAAAUAUGAAGUUACAUGAUUAUCAACUUAUUUAUGUUGUUGUUAUUUUUCUGUAUUUGAUAACAUUAUAAAGACAUGCUAUGCUCAUUAUUAUUAGAUUUUUAACAAUUAAAAAUGUUAAAAUAAGUGUGGGAAGUAACGAAAAGUAUCUAAUUAUAAAAAGAUAACUUAAAUUACUUGAGAAUCUCGUUGCGUUUUUUGUAUUGUUUAUAUUAAGCCACUCUGCAAGUAAUAUUUUUGUUUUUGUAUUCCUAUUGGCCUCCAAUGGCAUAUAGCGAAAAACUUUAGAAGCGACAAGAUAAGUAAUUUAUAUUUUUAUUUAUGUAUAAAUUUAAACGACAUCUUUAUUUAUGUACAAAGCUAAAAAAAAUAAGUCACCAUACUGCCUUACAAACCUGUAUCUAUUUACUCAUUAUAUUUUUAGAGUUCCCCAAUUAUUUCACAGUUGUAGGCAGUACUUAGUUAUCAUAUUCCACGUUACUUUGAUUGUAUGAAAAAUGAUGAUUUAUCGUUUUUUUUUUGAUUUAUUUUUUGCGUGAAGCUGAGAAGUAAAGCUAAUAAAAUAACUGGGCUGAAUGUCAAAAUUACAAAACUAAUUACAAAGUGACAGUAGGUAGUUACGUAGGUGUAUUUGAAUUUUAUUGAAUUUUCAUGAAAUACAUUGUCACAUUUUAUUGGUAAACAAAUCCUAAACUUAUAGGACUUUGUCAAAAUUACAAUGUUCUCUAUUGUGAAAGGUAAAGUUAAUACGUAUACUCAGUUGAGAAUUUGCACAUGUCAGUAUUUAUAAAAUACUGAUGAAGUGCAUAAAAGCUUGGGUUCGCGAUGCUCAUGGUCGCUGUGUUCCCUUAAGCCGACAGCACACGGUCAAGUAAACAUCGCUGCCUGCAGUUUUUGACAUGGUUUCGAUAUUUGUUUCACUGUCCAUAUCCUUACGCGCUCUGAAGGCAGCGCUGUACACUUGACCGUCUGUGGCUGGCGUUAUGAUAAAGAUGGUACUGAAGUGUAUGAUAAUAUUACGAGUGUCGUCAAUUAGAAAUGACCAAUUUUUGAAGUUGUUGGGAAAUACUGCACGUAACUGGUAAUUAUAAUAUGUAAUUGGUUCUUGUAUGUAUUUUAAUGACCAACAUUGAGAUGGUGUGAUAAGGUUAGAAAGGAAGCGUUUUGUAUGAGAUUUUUAUAUAAUGAAUGGUGGUCGCUUUUCUAUGAAAUUGGUCUUUUAAUUUAAGUUGUCACAUAUUAUAGUUUUUUUGGGGACCUACAUAUUUCAAUUUAUUAUACGUGGCGCCGGAGUCAGAUUGAUCUGUCAAAUUUGUAUGGAGUUGUCAAACGAAACGAAUCGGUCAUACAAUUGAAUAAGUCGUUUUUCUCGGUUUCAAGUUUUUCAUGAAGCUUCAUCUUACAUAGGUUUACCUUGGAAAAAAGUUAAUUUAAAUGCUUCGAAUUGAACUAAAAAUAUAUCUGCAGUGGGUAGAUAUAUUUUAAAUAUAUAUUUUUGUUUUUAGUAUGUACUUCAAUUCAGUUUAUUAGUACAGAGAAACUGAGUUUGUCUUAGAUUUUGAUUGUACCGCACUGUUAGAAAUCUGCAAAUCUGAACAGUCUUGUGACCUUGUGACUGUCUUGUCAGACCAAAAACUGUAGGUCAGUAAUCAAUAAAAAAUCAAGGUAGGUAAUCAGUUCUUAGUUUUGAGUCAAAUCAGAACCCUAUUAGUUUCCAAAUAACCCAAUUAAUUAAAUUAUUAAUGCAUCUCUCAUCAUUUUAAGUCCUAAAAAUAUUUAAAUGGCAGUGCAUAUUGAACCAAUUUUUGAAUGUUACCACAAAACACUAACUGAAGAUACAGUGUGAUGUCAUGACACGGUAGAGCUCGAUAAAAAUGCUGCUAAGUAGUAGGUACCUACCGAUCCUAAUGUGCGAUGACCUUUUUGUCACAAUUUUGAAUUCAAAAGCUAAGAUAACCUACGGAACUGUUUUAUAUAUAUUAUUAUUUCGAAUACAUUUAUACCUUUAUCCAUGAAAUGGUUGUGAAUAUAUAGGUACCUUCAAUGCUCCGAAAAUUACAAAAUGUCUGUGUACCUAAUCGAUCUACAAAACUAACUACAUCUAUACAAUAUUGACUAUUAUUUGUUUAGAUCCGACGUUAAACAUUGAUUUGAACGAGCCCAAUACAAUAACUACAUACUGUAUGUAUUGCAAUUUUUUUAAUUCGAUUUAGCAAUUAUAAUUUGAAGUUUCAGUUCAAAGAAAUGUGCGAAUGUAAUGUUUUGUACAAAUUUUAUAUCGUAUAUGUAUCUGUAAAUAUGGUUAUAGUUAUAAUGUCGGUGUUCGAUGUCUAAGAUCGCAUUGCAUAUGCAAAUAUACCAAAAUCUGUUAAUUAUAAAUCUAUGAAUGUUUAACGAAUAAUAAAAGCCAAACAGCAUUCACGCCA